AUGAAAAUCUCACCAAAAGUCGGCUCUUUAAGCCCUUUGCGGCUUUAUCGAAACCAAAAUCCUUUUUUCCCUCCUACAAAUCAUGACUCAAUCAGAUCCUUCCCCAAAAUUCUGCUUCGAAACUCCUCUAACGAUAUAAAACUUCACCGAAAUUUUCUGACCGAAAAGUGUAAAAAUGUAAAAGACCUAAAAAAAUCGUACAUUUUGACCCCGAAAGGCCUAGAAAGCAAAGAUAUAUAUGGAGGGUCAAGAGAGCUGAGUCGAUAUUCAAAAUCGUCUCGUCUAUUUCAUUACAGCCCUUUAAUGAGCAUUAGGAGGCCAAAACUUAAAGAAAGAAGUAUGCGAUUUUUAAUAAAUGAAACAGAUAGGAAAAUUUCUGAAUUUUUGUCUGAGGCGAGCUCUCCUGUGUCAAAACCUGAGACUCCUAUACAAAAAUUAAAAGGAUCACCGAAAAAAUUGAGCGAAAGGAGGUUUAGAAAAUUAAGAUUAAAACACAUAGGGGUUGUGGAUGAAGGGGUCCAGGCUUUUGAAGAUAGCCCAAGGGAUUAUUUUGACGAGUAUUAA